AAAAAAAAAAAAAGUGAGGGGUGUUUCUCUGCGCCGGCAGUGCGGUGUUGGUCACUGGAGAGGUGCGCGGUCACCGUUACGCAUUUCAGCAGAACACCGCACGCAGGAUGGCCGAGAGUCACGGCGAGAUCAGCGGCCACGACUGCCGGCGACCGGCUCCGGUACAAACCUUCAACCACAGAUCCUCCAAGUGGGUCCGUUUGAACGUCGGCGGCACGUAUUUUAUGACCACCAGACAGACGCUCUGCCGGGAUCCCAAAUCGUUCCUGUUCCGGCUGUGCCAAUCGGAACCAGACCUCGAUUCUGAUAAGGAUGAGUCUGGGGCGUAUUUGAUUGACAGGGAUCCCAUGUAUUUCGGGCCUGUGCUGAAUUACCUCAGACAUGGGAAGCUGGUCCUCAACAAGAACCUGACAGAGGAGGGAGCUCUUGAAGAGGCCGAGUUUUACAACAUCACAUCAUUAAUAAAACUCAUCAAAGAAAAGAUCAGUGAAAAAGAAGCCAAGACCACACACUCGCCGGUCAAGCAUGUUUACAGAGUGUUACAGUGUCAAGAGGAAGAACUUACUCAGAUGGUCUCGACCAUGUCAGACGGAUGGAAGUUUGAGCAGCUUGUCAGUGUAGGUUAUGGGCGGGCCCAGAAGUCAGAGUUUUUCCUGAUUGUGUCUCGAGAGGUGAAGGGGGAGGAGUCAAGCCAAACUCACCCCGCCCACAGUGGAGAGUUGGUCAGUAUCGGAUCCUCCUAUAACUAUGGUAGCGAAGAUCAGGGGGAGUUCUUGUGUGUUGUUUCUAAGGAACUGCACAACCAAUCAUACAGCAGCAACACUCAACCCAGUGAGAAAGCCAAGAUUCUACAGGAACGCGGUUCUAGAAUAUGAUUAUCUAGAGCUGCCAUGGUUUGAGACACAUCAGUUCUUUCUAGAACAUUCCAUGAGCUUGUUCUCUUCACGCCUCAAGAGCACUGGACACCUGACGCACGCAAGCAGCACAAGAAGAGCAUGUCCACUGUAAUCCAGUCUUUAUGGUGCCUGUUAAUCUGAAUUCAAACCGGGAUGCUUGUUUAUUUUGAUCUUCAUGGAUUCAGAGACUGAUUCGGAUUCUCUGGACAGGAUCUGGAGAACUGGACCAAUGUCAAUCUCAGGGAUCAAAAGGAAAUGGACACGUCGCUCUGAAUCGCUGCCCACCUGUUAGCACAAUCAGUUCAAUGGACAUUCAUGGGCAUACAGUGGGGUCCAUAAGUGACAAUACUUAAAUUUCGUACUUUUAUCAUUUAAAACGAACACUUUUCUUUACAAAUCUCAGUAUUUCGUUCAUCUCCCUUUUUCUUUAAUCAGUGAUAUGAACAAAACCUGAUGCUCUUGUUCUCCUGCAUGAUUUGCAAUGUUUCAAAGAGCAUCUUGAGCUUCAAUAGAAGCAGGAAAAUCUGAGCGUCUGUACAAAGAAUCACACGAUCAAUGUCAUCCAUUUACUCACAUUUGAUGAGUCACACAGAUAAUUAAAUAUUAUGUCAAAAAAAAAAGUUUUUUUGAAAGGUUUAAAUUGAAAAAAAA